UGACCGAACCUCUUUCCGGCAUCCGGGCCUGGAUGGGCUGGCUCUCAAGCCUAACGAGGGGCAUGGAGGUCCGCGGCGAGCCUCAGUCCGGCGCGAGCUCUUCGUCUUCCCUCCGGGACUCCUCGGGGGUCUCGGUGUCCAACGAGCUGCUGACAGCCGGGAGCGGCGGCCGCGGAGGUAUAUGGGACAGGUUACUCAUCAACCCCAAGCCUAACUGCAGAAAAAAUUCCACUCUUCAAACAGUGAGGAUAGAGAGGAGUCCCUUAUUGGACCAAGUACAGACCUUUCUCCCACAGAUGGCUCAGGCAAAUGAAAAGCUAAGAAAAGAAAUGGCAGCCGCACCACCUGGUCGUUUCAAUAUUGAAGAUAUUGAUGGGGCUCUUGGAAAAGUUAUACAAAUGGAUGUGGCCUUGUUUGAGAUGAAUCAAUCCGAUUCAAAGGAGGACAGUUCAGAAGAGAGUUCGCAAGACAGCUCGGAGGACAGCUCAGAAUCUGAGGGGGAAGAAGACGGCACGUCUUCUGAAGUCACCAUAGAUAACAUUAAGCUUCCUCAUUCGGAAGGUGGAAAAGGCAAGAUCGAGGUUUUGGACAGUCCUGCCAGUAAAAAAAAGAAAUAGUAAAAUAAAUGAUCUCAGAAACAGGUGAUACAUGCCUGCUAGUUCUGCAGAAAACGAAUAUGGCUUGCUGGUGGUUUUGCACUUCAGGUAUCUGUCGUGCUUUUAUGAAUUAUUAGAUGCAUUUUGUUUCUCAGAGAAACAAAAGCGACCUUUUAAAGAGCUGGAAUAGGUCACAUUUGGGGAUCUAAGAGCAGACUGUCUUUGAUCUCAUGCUGAAGAGAUUCACUCAGAAAGCUUAACUUUUUAUGUAUGGUGCCGAGUGAAUUUGUUGGCAUCUUUUUUCUUCCUCAUAGACUUGAGAAAUAGCAAACUUAUUUUAAAGUAAAAAUACAAAUCAUUUGUUUUAAAUUUAUUCUCUUGAAUAAAACACUCCGGGUUGUUUUUUUAGGUCAUUAUAAGUAAAAUUUAUUUGUUAGCAUCACAGUGGGUUCAAUGGGGGAGAAUUUUUUUAAGAGAAAGAAAUUUUUUAUAAAGAAUUACUUAUAUUCAGCUGUCCUCAGGCAUAUCUACUCUCAUUAAAAAAAAAAAAAGUCCUUUCCAGCGUGAGCUGGAAAUCUGGCACUCUCUGGUUUCAUCACUGCUGGGGACUCUGCAGCCACUCUGCAUAUAGAAUUUACUGGUUGGAAAAUUCAUGGUUUUUUUGUUUUUGUUUGUCCUUUUUUUCCAGGAGGCAGAUUUCUUUGUUUCAGCUAUUAAAACUAUUCUACACUGUUGCCCACAGUUUAAAACCUAUCACAUGUAGAAAAUAAGGGACAUCACAGAAAAAAUAGGGUGUGGUACAAAAAGAGUGUAACCACUGGUUUUCCCUUUCAAAGUAAAAAUGAUCCUGUGCUCAA